AUGUUGCUGAAACAGCGGAAACUUUUUGCACUUUCGCUGCUUGUUUGCUUGUUGUACAUUUUUUACGUCUUGUCUCUCACCUACUGGUACAAACCCACGAGCGGCAAGAUUUUGGACUUUGAACGAGAGCAGAGCAUCAGGGAGCUGCUGCACAGGAGCUGCAAGGCAAGUGAAGCUCGCAGAACAAGAGUGUGGCAAAUGUUGAAGCACUGGAAAGUGAAAUUCAGCGGGGACAGAAUCGGCGUUCUGCUCUGUAUACCCUUUAAACCAAACCAUUAUUACACGCUGCAGUUCUUGACAUUCCUGUAUGCAUCCUGGAAGGUGAUGAACGAGCACGCCGUCGAAGUGCACGCGAUAUAUGGCACGCAGUCUAAUUUUAACAAAGUGGACCUGCUGGUAUUUUGUGAACCUCCAUCGUGUUACGACCUUCCUGAUGACUGCGUAGAGUGGACUCCCGAUACUCCGGAAAUAAAGAAUAUUCCUUUUUGCUACUUCAUUUCAACCAAAGGCUUCAACCUCGAAUAUGCGAACGUCAACUCGUACUGCUAUGUGAAAACGACAGCGUUCGCACAGCUGACUACCCGCUACCGAUAUCUGCUGCGAACUGACGUUGACGUAUUCCUUAGUCCAGCGAUGCUGCUGUGGAAGACGGAUCAGCCGAUCGUCACCGGGCUAGGAGGCUAUUGCGUACCGUUCAACAUGCGACGCCUGAUGACGAUGGCCACGCGCUAUGGGCUCAGGCACCAGGGCGUCCAUUGUCUAGGGUCAACAUGGUUCGGAGAGUCGCAGCUGAUAUCCUCUCUGUCGAAUAUAACAAUUGCGCUGACGAUGACAAUUUUUGAGAACGAGUUCGAUCCAGUGCGCCAUCCGGACAUCGCAGAGUUUAUGCGGCAGUCACCCCAUGGAGACUGGCCCUCUUGGUGGAGACCGGUUUCAACGAUGUAUGCCCAAGAACUGGCUUUGAACCACAUGGUGGACGACCUGUCGAAGAGCCACAUCAAACGAGACCUCAUCGACGUCGAGUCUUGCAGACGCACUAGCAUUUUACUUCACCCCCAUAUACACACGUGGCAUUCAGACUGUGAGUUCAGUAAGUUUACUUUCCUCGACCCCCUCGUGUUUAACGUCAGUAUCGAGGAAAAAUUCAUCAUUGACUUGCAAUAUAUACGGCCCACGCUUAUUUCUUGCUUCUCAGUAGCUGAUUACUGUACUUAUGUGGCUAAGAAUGCCCUAGCACGCUACACGAAAGAACUUGGGAAACUUUCAAGCCUUUUUUCGAAACACAAGAAAGCACCACAACCUCACUCAAUAUCUGUCGUUUAG